AUGUCAUCUAAACUGUUUGACGAACAGACGCACUUGUUCAUUACGGAAAAAAACAUUCUCUCCGACGAAAUACAACAGCUUCUUCACAACCCUCCCCUAAAGCUGGCUCUGCCAUUACAAGAACUCAUCGACCCAACUCGACGCUCACGCCGACAGCGAAACUCAGGUCGCAUACCUCGAUCUAAUAAUGAAUGGAUUAUGUAUCGCCGAAAUCUAGAUGCGGCAAAAAAAUUGGAAGAAGAAGCGGCGAUGAAAGAGGCGGAAGAAGACACAUUAUCAAUCAAAGAUAAACUAGAAGAAGAGAGAGUUACGACGUCUACAACUAAUCCAAAAAUGGCCAAUGACAGCAGUAAGUGUACCGCGACGAAAAACAAGCAUAAUAAAACCGGAGGAAAGAUGAGGCGGUCCCGUCGCACAAGGGACACGUUAAAAAUAUAUUCUAAAGAAGCGAAAGAGCGCUGGGAAAACGAAGAACCACGCGUUCGUCAGUUUUUUAAAAUACUUGCAGAAUUGGCCCGUAUUGUACAUAGGAAACGGUAUCCAAAUUAUAAGUACGAGCCUCGAGAAAAAAAGACAAAAAAGCAGAAUAAAUGCAAAACCGAAGGGAGCGGGGGAUUUAUUUUCUUUGACGGAUUUAGAGAGUGGCAGGAGAAUGAUGAUGAUAAAAAAGAAGACAUAAAAGUGGAUAACACCACGCGCAAAACGAACGAAGAGCAUGAUGAUAUUCAUCAAGCCCUUGAAGCUAACGCAGUCAAAAUGGAAAUGGAACUGGAAGACUCGGGCCCAUCGGAAGGACUAAUAUAUUUUGACGAACAAAAUUACCUGGAAAUGGAUCCAGUCUAUUUGCUUCCAUACGACAAUUAUGGUUAUGUUAAUAAUUGGUGGCAGAUGAAUUUUGAGGGCGGUAGUAGACCGUUUGAGCCGAGCUAUUAG